AUGGUGAAGAGAAAGGGGGAAACUUGGCGAUUGGAAGAGGCCAAUACGGAGGAGAAUCGGGUUUCAGUACCGAGGGAAGAAGAUACCUUAAAUGAUAUAAAUGUUCUUGAUCGUUCACCUGUUUUUGAUGACAUAAUUAACGGUCAAGCUCCGCAAGUCACUUACUCCGUCAAUGGAAGAGAGUAUCGUUUGGCUUAUUAUCUCACCGAUGAUAUUUAUCCGAAAUGGGCAACUUUUAUCCAAUCUAUUCCACUACCACAAAGCCCGCAAGCAGUUUUAUUUGCUAAACGUCAAGAAGCUGUCCGAAAAGAUGUCGAGCGUGCUUUUGGAGUCUUGCAAGCUCGCUUUGCUAUUGUUAAAGUUGGAAAGAUUAUGAGAGCAUGUAUCAUAGUCCAUAACAUGAUAGUAGAAAAUGAACGAGAUGAUAAUAUAGUAGUAGACGAACAAGAUGUAUACACUCAUUAUGAUGUUUCAGGGUUCCAACAAGGAGAAGACACUGUCGAUCUCAUGUUUUCUACAGAUACCCCUUCAAGGAUCGCCGAUAUGAUGCAUAUGGAAACUACAAUUCGUGAUAGACAAAUGCAUCAACAACUGAAAGCUGAUUUGGUUGAAAAUAAAUGA